AGAAUGGACGUGGGAAAUUGCUCCUCUAUUAGUGAAUUCAUUUUCUUGGGAAUAACCAGUAAGCCUGGAAUGAAAGUGACUCUAUUUGUCCUAUUUCUAGUUGUUUAUCUUACUAACUUUCUGGCAAAUCUGGGAAUGAUCAUUUUGAUAAGAAUGGAUGCCCAACUUCAUACACCCAUGUAUUUCUUCCUCAGUCACCUCUCCUUCUGUGAUCUCUGCUAUUCCACUGCAAUUGGCCCCAAGAUGCUGGUGGACCUCUUGGCCAAGAAAAAAUCCAUUCCUUUCAUUGGCUGUGCGCUGCAACUCUUCAUUGCCUGUGCCUUUGUAGAUUCAGAGUGUCUACUGCUGGCCGUGAUGGCUUUUGAUCGGUACAAGGCCAUCAGCAACCCUUUGCUCUAUUCAGCUAGCAUGUCCAUGAAGGUGUGCUCCAUGCUCAUGGUUGUGACUUACCUGAUCGGAAUGACAGAUGCUGUGAUAUACACGACAUUAGCCUUUCAGUUAUGUUUCUGUGGGUCCAAUGAGAUUAAUCAUUUCUUCUGUGAUUUGCCUCCUCUUUACCUCCUUUCCUGUUCUGAUAUACAGGUUAAUGAGUUAGUGACAUUCACCAUUUUUGGUUUCAUUGAACUGAGUUCCAUUUUAGGAGUUCUCAUUUCUUACUGCUACAUCAUCUUAUCAGUCCUAAAGAUCCAUUCUGCUGAGGGGAGAUUCAAAGCUUUCUCCACUUGUACCUCCCACUUAGUUGCUGUAGCAAUUUUCCAGGGAACUGUGAUUUUCAUGUAUUUCCGACCAAGUUCUUCCUACUCUUUAGAUCAAGACAAAUUGACUUCAUUGUUUUACACCCUUGUGAUUCCCAUGUUGAACCCUCUGAUAUAUAGUUUACGAAACAAGGAUGUGAAAGAGGCCCUAGAAAAGCUGAAAAAUAGAAGGUGGUUUUAA